UUAUUUGUUAAACAUUUGAUAUACUAGGAUUAAGUUAUGAAUAGGUUAAUGACAAAAACGUUUCGUUAAUGAAUAGUCGUUUUGAAAAUCUUCGGUUGUGAAUAGCCAUGAAAUUAUACACCUUAAGUUUAUUCAUCGCAGUGGCGAUUUUCUAUCCACCGAGUUCCGAAUGUUGUCUAGAUUUAUUAUUGAAAUCAUUUGUUCAAAUUUUCAAUCCAACAAUUGAAGCGGGACCCACUCGAGUCCUCUCACCUCACGACUAUUCCGAUGGAAUAGUGCCUAAUCAUAAUCCUAGUAAUAACAUUGAAAGUAAUAGAGUUGGCGAUUCUAUUAACUCACUAUCAGCAGAAUCCUUAAAGAAAGAUCCUCAACCAACAAAUAAUGUUCCAAUCGCAGACUAUGAAGAUAAAAGUAAUACUAAUAAGCGUAAAGAGAAAAAACUUGUUUUGAAUAAAAAGGCAUCAGAAGAUGACUAUAAUUUAGACUACGAAGAUGACUGUUUUUCGAGUACAGAAGAAAAAGACGAUACUGAGGAUUUUAAUUUUGAUGAAAAAAAAACCUAUAAAGAACAAACAAAUAUAAAAAACAACCGACCAAAGGUGGAUAAUGGUUUAGAAUCUGAUGAUUGUGUUUCUUCAAAGGACAGCGACAACACCUCCAAAAAAAAUGAUAAAAAUAUAUACUGCGAUGAGAGUAACAAAUCAAAAAAAAUAAAAAAUAAAAAAUUAGAAAGUCAUGAUGUGUCUAAUAAAGAAAGCAACAACGUUGAAUGGAUAAAUAAAAAAAAUAGCAAACAUAUUGUUGAAAAUAUUAAAAAUAAUAAAGAUGUUGAAAAUAACAAAAGUAAAGGAAAGAAAACAUUAAGCAAUAUCAAAACUCAAAAGGAAAGUUGUCCAGUUGAAAAAGUUAAAGGGCAGAAAAUUAUUGGAAGUAAAAUUUUAACGACAGGUAAUACUGAUUCCACCAAUAUAAAUAAAAAGAAAAAUUUAGUCGAAAAUAAAAAAAAAUCAGUAAAUGAUAAUCUGAAAGGAAUGGGUAAAAAUGAAAAAAUGAAAAAUUCUUCCAACGAAAAAAAUAAAGAGAAAAAAGCUUCUAAAAGCAAUAUAAUAACUGGUAACAGUCAUUUAGAUAAAAAUAUUAACAAAAAAACAACAGUUGGAAACAGUCAGUCAGAAGAAAUCAAUAAAAAUACCGACGUCGAAAACGACACUAAUAACGAUUUAUAUAAUAUUCAAAUCAAAGACAGUUAUGACAUUUUUGGAACUGACAAAAUUUACUCUGAUGACUACCACCAACCUUACAGAAAUUAUGAUAAUAGAGAAGGAAGUCAAAGAAGUAGCUACGAUAGUCAAUCAAACCCAGAUGCAUAUGGAACAGUGGAACUCAAUUAUAUACCAGGAGUUAGACCUAUUACUGACUUUUUUAUUAGCUUAUUAGAACACAUACAAUUAACUUCAAAAGCUAAUUUACAAAAAUCUAAAGAUGAUUCUGAAGUUAAUUAUCGACAUACCACUAAACCAAUUACAUCACCUAUAAAAUCGAGUUCUAGAUCAUAAAAUUAAGUGAUUAUGCAAUUGAAUAAUUUAUUAGCAUUUGUCUAUAAUGAUAAAUUAACCAAAUCCUAUUUAAAUAUUACAUAUAUUUCAUUAGUGAUGACUAGGUGAAAUUAAUUAUUGUUUAUAUAGUUAUGAAAAAAUAAUGGGUGUUGAUUUUUAUCACAAUUUUUAUUGUAAAAUGAUAUCUGAA